CUUUGUUUAGGAGAUGUCUUUGUUUAGUGAACUCAGAGUAAAUAACUGGCAAGAGUGACUUUUGGUUGGCACAAACAUCAAUUUUAAUUAUUUUUUGGUAAUUAUUUAUAUUUUACUAAUGCCUAAUGUAAAUGCAUAAUAAACAAUCGCAAGCACUCUUGACUUGUGAUACUGUAAUAUACCAUCACAAGUUAAGAUUGAUAUUAAUACAUUUUUUUAAAUAAAACCAUUUCGAACAAUUCCAAUCAUUCCUAAACAGCCACAUUGCUCAAACUAAACGAAUGGAACAAUAUCGUAAGUAUAAUUAGCGGAACCAAUGUUUUAGCUCCUUGUUUUGAGGACGAUAGCUACAUAUUGACGGACUGAUACAAUGAUUAUACCCACGCUUAAAGCUGCUUCCCGGGUAGCUAAUUGGGCUGUAUAUUAAGUAUAUUAGAAGUGUGAUAGUCAAUGCUUCCCUCAUUAAGGAUGAUCUAGUAGUGAUAUAUCGUGACAAUAAUGAAGCGAUGCUACCAAACGAAUAAAGUGAGGGGUUUUUUAAAGAUAGCAGGCUAGCUAACUAGCUAGCAAGCUGUCAUUACUCUGAAGGCUUUCUUGAACUACCAAGGCUCGUUAAAUAUCAUUUUGAAGUUCUUCAAAUAGAGAAGUUUCAUAUCUUUGAAUGUUGAGACAAGUGUCAUUUCUGUUUGGGAAUUUGACUAAGAACAGGGGAAACUUCGCGCUACUUCACACAGGGUGCAUCAUGGCGAAAAGCAAAUUUGAGUAUGUGCGCAAUUUUGAGAGCGAUGAUACGUGUUUACGGAAUUGCUACAUUGUAGUUCGACUUGAUGGGCGCAAUUUUCACAAGUUUUCUGAGCAGCACAACUUUGUUAAGCCCAACGAUGACAGGGCUUUAGGGCUGAUGUCCCGCAGUGCCCGGUCAGUUAUGGAGGACCUCGAGGACAUAGCUGUAGCUUACGGACAGAGCGAUGAGUUCAGUUUUGUCUUUAAACGGUCCACCAACUGGUUCAAGCGAAGAGCAAGUAAAUUGAUGACCCAUGUGGCAUCCCAGUUCUCCUCCAGUUAUGUGUUUUACUGGGAGGAGUAUUUUGGAGGGCAGCCACUGCUCUACCCUCCAGGCUUUGACGGUAGGGUUGUCUUGUAUCCCAGCAACCGCAAUCUUAGAGACUACUUAAGCUGGAGACAAGCUGACUGUCAUAUUAACAACUUGUAUAAUACUGCUUUUUGGACACUGGUGCAAAAGGGAGGACUCUCUACAAACCAGGCAGACAAAAGACUAAAUGGAACUCUGUCUGCAGAUAAGAAUGAGAUUUUGUUUUCAGAAUUUAAUAUAAACUACAACGAUGAACCAGCACUACACAGAAAAGGCACCACUUUGAUCUGGGAGAAGGUCAUUGAAACAUCAACUAAAAAGGUCACAGUACCCAGUGAGGGCAACAAAGAGGUCACUUUUACACGCAGCAGAAGAAAAGUUACAUCUUAUAACUGUGACAUCAUUGGAGAUUCAUUCUGGGACGAACAUCCAGACAUCCUAGAAGAGGACAGUUGUUAAGCAAACAUGAAGAGAGCAAGAAAGCUGGACAGUGCACAUUUGGUGAACCUGUAGGACUUCAUCUGGAGAUUUUUAUAUUAUUUUUAAGUUAAUAAAGGCUAUUGACUGUA